UGAAAGUUGAUCACUCGAUGAAUUCAUUCAAAAUGUGCACAAUGCAGAGUACCAGUAAUCCGGAACCGUAAAGUUGUUGCGAGAGUUUAGAGCACGAUCGAUUGUAUGUGUCCAUCCGGAUGAAGUUCAAGUCCUGCCAAGGCUCAAUGUGCACGCCUGAUUUGCAAUUGUUGCAUAAAUAAUUGCAUUCUUCUUCAAUCUUGUGAACCCUGCAACAUAAACAUUGGUCGAGAACUAAACAUCUUGUGUAUUGUGUGGGACUAGAUGAUAGAGAGGUACAUGUAAUCCCUCCAAGAUGUCUACCAGCAGAAAAAUCAAGAAUGUCAUCAAAAACUACAACGACUCCCAGAGGAAGGUGCGGGAUGCAACAUCCAACGACCCUUGGGGUCCCGCCAGCUCCACCAUGUCAGAGAUUGCUGACCUGACAUACAAUGUGGUGGCCUUCACUGACAUCAUGGAUAUGAUCUGGCGGCGCAUUAAUGACAAGGGCAAGAACUGGCGGCAUGUCUACAAGGCCCUGGUGCUGCUAGACUACAUCAUUAAGACAGGCUCAGAGCGGGUUGCUCAGCAGUGCAAGGAGAAGAUCGUGGACAUCAACACACUCAAAGACUUCACCUUCUAUGACACCAACAAUCAGGACGUGGGUCGCAAUGUGCGGGAGAAGUCCAAGCAGAUUGUGGAGCUGCUUAAGAAUGAAGAAAGGCUCAAGUCAGAGCGGGUGGCUGCACUUAAGGCCAAGGAGCGCUUUGCCCAGGCAAAUCAGGGUAUUGGCAGUAAUUCCAGGACAGACACAGUUUCAUCACCAGCAACACCUUCAGUCUCAAGCACCACCCCACCCCCUACCAGAAAUCUGACAUCAGAGAUUGAGCAGGCCCGACCACAGACCAGCAAUGAGGAGGAGCUCCAGCUGCAGCUGGCCCUGGCCAUGAGUAAAGAGGAAGCUGAGCAAGACAGGCAGCAGCAGAAGAAUGAGAGAAUACGACUGGAGAUGGCAAUCAAUGAGAGCCUGGAUGAGCCCAGACGAUGUGAGCAAACUGGACCCACCUUAAAGAAACGUUCCAGCCUGCUGGCCUUGGCCAAAGCUCACAGACCCCCUCCCAACCAUUUCAUGCAGAACACAGGCCAGCUGGACCAGUCUCAGCCACAGCUGACCAAUGAUCCCUGGGACGUCACUUCAGCAGCAGUUGCUGUGGCAGCAGCGGCACCACAGCAGCCAGCUCAGAGUGAUCCCUGGGCAGCCCUUGCUGCACCACCCCCUGCUCAAGCACCUUCCCAAGCUGUUGAUCCCUGGGCUCCUGCACCGCUUACUAUCCAGCCUCCUGCAGAUCCAUGGGCAAGCCCAGCACCUCUUGCAUCAGCACCUGCACCAGCGGCCAUUCCUCAGAAUGAUCCCUGGACCACCCAGCUACCAUCAAGUCAACCAAAAGAUCCCGAUUCUGAAUUCGACCUCCUGCGUGCCAACACAACUGCCCCCACCCCACCCAACAACAGCAAUGGGAAUCUCUUCAGCAGCUCGUCCAGAAUGACCGGCACAGAGGCAUUUGACAUGAUGGGCAUUCACGACUCUCUAGCACUGCAGAAGCCAACAACCAAGAAACCAGAGGAUUUCCUGGGUGAGAACUCAAGUCUGGUCAACCUGGAUGCCUUGGUGGGGCCCCCAAAGCCCUCUCAGCUCAUGCCGCAGGCACCCAAUCCGUUUCUGAGUGGGGGGAUCUCUGGAGGUGUGGCUGCAGCCCAGAGCAACCCUUUCCAGCAGCAGCGACAGCCGGCCCCCACCAUCAACCAAAUGAGGGCAGAGCCCAUGAUGAGCAUGCAGCAGCAGGGUGGCAUGUACGCAUCAGGGACCGGAGGCUAUGGCGAGGCCUCAUCAAUGGGUGGAAGUGCUCUGCCUCCACCGCUAAUCCCCAUGAGCGAUGGGGCAUCCCAGAAUCAAAUGCAGCCCCAGCAAGCAAACAAUCCUUUCCUUCUUUAAGGACAACUUGCCUCGACUCCAACAGAACCGAGGCAUUCAUCAGAGGCCACCUUUUUGGAUUUCUGCCAUUGGUUAUGGUUCCGGUACAUGAUGCAAAACAAUGGAAUAGUUUAUAGAGGUUACAGACAGCUAAGGGAACGUCUUAAAAGUUGAGAAUGUUUGCACUCUGUUGAACCAUUCUCAUUAAACCAGUUCUCAUUGAGCUGCAAGAUGUUCUGUCAGAACGUUCCCUUGUCUUUCUGGAAUGUAGGAAUGUCUGCUUUGUGACAGGACCAUUCCGAGCAUACUAGCAUAUUCCUAUUGGUACUUCUGUGAAUUGUACUUUACAAUACAAGUAGAAGUUUCUCAAUUCCCAUUGAUCUGUGAAAACCCUUUAAAAAAUAAUCUUAUAAGAUCAAGCAGACUUUAAUAUGCAGGUUAGGUUGUUUGUGUUACAUGUUUAAAGAUGUAAGUAAAGUCUGUCGCGAGCCAAUGUAGCUCAUCAGGCUGGCAUUUAUCUCCGGUUUCAGUAGAAACGACUGAGAAUAUUUCUAUUCCCCCUGGAUGGGAUGCUAGUC